CGUGUGCGUGUGCGUGUGCGUGUGCGUGUGCGUGUGGGUCUCCAUGCGGAUGUGACAUUUCAGAGAAGAGCGCUGCCGCCAUUUUGAGUUUUGCUUCAAUCUGAACAUCACAAACAGGGUUGAGGGAGAGAGACUCGGACCGGGACCGGGUGCAAAGCAUAAUAACGACGAACAUACGUAUUUUAAUCUGAAAAAAAAAAAUAACAGUGUGUAUUUAUAUUUACACAUAUACGAGAACAAAAUAUUCCGGAUUCCAGAAAACUAAUCCACAUGCAUUUUUUUGUUUUGUUUUGUUUUUUAAAUCCAUGAAUUAUCGCGAUUCCAAAUUAGAAUUGGUUUUGAAUGGAAAUAUAUAUUUUUUUCGCUCUCCCUGGGGCAAUCGGAGAAACAAACCGACUUCAAAAAUUGCGAGGAGAUACUGACUUUGAAUUUGGUAUUUGCUAACGUAUAUAUAUUUUUUAGAAUUAAAAAAAUAAAAGACGAAUUUAUAUAUUUCGGAUUUCUGCAGCUCUCCGGUUGGGGGGUUGCGGUGUGAGGUAUAUUUCUCACCUCCUCUCCUGCCCCGUUUUCAGGGGUAAUUACGUGUUGUGGGGCUUCCAGUCUAGGCGGCUUUUGAACCCCCGCGUCCUCAGCGGCUUGUAUCCCCUUUAAGGCGCCGAGAUUGGGCGAAUAGCGAGCAAAUACGUCCGCGUUUCUCUGCCUGCUCACCCACUGGCCUCCCCUCCUCAACCUCCGGCGCUGACAGCAGGAAAGGCCGAGGUCGCUGUCGAGCAGGCCCAGCCUCCAAGGCUCGACCUGUCUGCUCCUCCUCUGCCCCCCCAGCCCCGGACUCAGCCCUCUCCCGAAAACACAUUAGGAAAGGUCGAGGGGAUCGAAGGCAACGGGCACCAUCACGCCGCCGUCAUGAACCACCAUCAAUCGCAACAACAGCAGCAGAAAGCCGGGGAGCAGCAGCUCAGCGAGCCCGAGGACAUGGAAAUGGAAGCUGGGGACACAGAUGAGCCCCCGAGAAUCACUCCAAAUCCAGUCAUUAACGGGAACGUAGCCAUAGCAGACGGACACAACAACACUGAGGAAGACAUGGAAGAUGAUACAAGCUGGCGGUCAGAGGCUUCCUUUCGGUUCACUGUGGAGCGAUUCAGCAGGCUCAGUGAAUCUGUGCUCAGCCCGCCUUGCUUUGUGCGAAACCUACCAUGGAAGAUUAUGGUGAUGCCACGCUUUUACCCAGACCGGCCUCAUCAGAAGAGUGUGGGGUUUUUCUUGCAGUGCAAUGCAGAGUCUGAUUCAACGUCAUGGUCAUGUCACGCCCAAGCAAUGCUGAAGAUAAUAAAUUAUAAAGAUGAUGAAAAGUCCUUCAGCCGAAGGAUCAGUCAUCUUUUCUUUCAUAAGGAAAAUGACUGGGGGUUCUCCAAUUUUAUGUCUUGGAGUGAUGUAACCGAUCCAGAAAAGGGGUUUAUUGAAGAUGAUAAGAUUUCAUUUGAUGUCUAUGUUCAGGCAGAUGCACCACAUGGAGUUGCAUGGGAUUCAAAGAAGCACACUGGAUAUGUUGGAUUAAAGAACCAAGGAGCAACCUGUUACAUGAACAGUUUAUUACAGACACUAUUCUUUACAAAUCAGCUCCGCCGGGCAGUAUAUAUGAUGCCAACAGAAGGCGACGAUUCAUCCAAAAGUGUUCCCUUGGCAUUGCAAAGGGUGUUUUAUGAACUCCAGCACAGUGACAAACCAGUAGGAACGAAAAAGUUAACAAAAUCGUUUGGGUGGGAAACGUUGGACAGCUUCAUGCAGCAUGAUGUACAGGAACUCUGCAGGGUGCUACUUGAUAACGUUGAGAAUAAAAUGAAAGGCACUUGUGUUGAAGGCACUAUACCAAAACUGUUCAGAGGGAAGAUGGUGUCCUAUAUCCAGUGUAAGCAUGUAGACUAUAUAUCGGAGAGAAUAGAAGAUUACUACGACAUCCAGCUCAGUAUAAAGGGAAAGAAAAACAUAUUUGAAUCCUUCCAAGACUAUGUGGCAGUGGAACAGCUGGAUGGGGAUAAUAAGUACGAUGCUGGGGAGCACGGUUUACAGGAAGCUGAAAAGGGGGUGAAGUUCUUAACGUUUCCUCCGGUGCUGCACCUGCAGCUCAUGCGGUUCAUGUAUGACCCCCAGACAGACCAGAACAUUAAGAUCAAUGACAGAUUCGAGUUUCCUGAGCAGUUGCCCUUGGAUGAGUUUUUGCAGAAGCUAGAUUCCAAGGAUCCUGCUAACUACAUACUCCAUGCAGUUUUGGUGCACAGCGGGGAUAACCACGGAGGCCAUUAUGUGGUCUAUCUAAACCCCAGGGGAGAUGGAAAGGUGGGUACAAAGUGGUGCAAGUUUGACGAUGACGUGGUAUCCAGGUGCACUAAAGAAGAAGCUAUUGAACACAACUACGGAGGCCACGAUGAUGAUUUAUCUGUGCGUCACUGUACAAAUGCAUACAUGUUGGUGUACAUAAGAGAAUCCAAACUCAGUGAGGUAUUGCUGCCAGUCAAUGAUGUUGACAUCCCACAGCAGCUUGUGGAGCGCCUUCAAGAGGAGAAGAGGGUGGAGGCUCAGAAGAGGAAAGAGAGGCAGGAGGCGCACCUCUACAUGCAAGUACAGAUCGUUACUGAGGACCAGUUCUGUGGCCAUCAGGGAAACGACAUGUACGACGAGGAGAAGGUGAAGUACACAGUGUUUAAAGUCCUGAAGAACUCCACGCUUGCUGAGUUUGUGCAGAAUCUCUCGCAGACUAUGGGUUUCCCACAGGAUCAGAUUCGUUUAUGGCCAAUGCAAGCAAGAAGCAAUGGUACAAAGAGACCAGCAAUGUUGGACUAUGAAGCGGAUUGCAGCAAAACUAUGAUUGAGUUAAGUGACAAUGAGAAUCCGUGGACAAUAUUCCUGGAAACUGUAGAUCCAGAAAUGGCUGCCAGUGGAGCAACGUUGCCCAAGUUUGACAAAGACCAUGAUGUCAUGCUGUUCUUGAAGAUGUAUGAUCCAAAAACUAGAAGCUUAAAUUAUUGUGGACAUAUCUACACACCUAUAUCCUGUAAGAUACGAGACCUGCUGUCAGUAAUGUGUGAGAGAGCAGGAUUUUCGCAAGGAACUAGCCUUGUCCUCUAUGAGGAAGUAAAGCCGAAUUUAACAGAGAGAAUCCAGGACUAUGACGUGUCCCUAGACAAAGCCCUUGACGAGCUGAUGGAUGGUGAUAUAAUAGUGUUCCAGAAAGAUGACCCAGAAAACGAUUCCAGUGAAUUACCGACAGCGAAGGAUUACUUCAGAGACCUGUACCACCGCGUCGAUGUUAUCUUCUGUGAUAAAACCAUUCUCAAUGACCCAGGCUUCGUGGUUACGCUUUCUAACAGAAUGAACUAUUUCCAGGUUGCAAAGACAGUUGCACAGAGAUUAAACACUGACCCAAUGCUACUUCAGUUUUUCAAAUCCCAAGGUUACAGGGAUGGUCCAGGGAACCCUCUUAGACACAAUUAUGAAGGUACUCUGAGGGAUCUGCUGCAGUUCUUCAAACCCAGGCAGCCGAAGAAACUGUAUUAUCAGCAGCUGAAAAUGAAGAUAACAGACUUUGAAAACAGGAGGAGUUUCAAAUCCAUAUGGCUGAACAGUCAGUUUAGAGAAGAGGAGAUAACACUAUACCCAGACAAGCAUGGCUGUGUGCGAGACUUACUGGAGGAAUGUAAAAAAUCUGUAGAACUGUCUGAUAAAGGGUCAGAGAAGCUAAGGCUGCUAGAAAUUGUAAGCUACAAAAUAAUUGGGGUCCACCAAGAAGAUGAAUUACUAGAAUGUUUAUCUCCUGCAGCGAGUCGCACAUUCAGAAUAGAGGAAAUCCCUCUGGACCAGGGAGGCCUUGAUAAGGACAAUGAGAUGCUGAUUCCAGUGGCGCAUUUCCACAAGGAAGUCUUUGGGACUUUCGGUAUCCCGUUUCUGCUGAAAAUACGGCAGGCAGAACCGUUUCGAGAGGUUAUGAAGAGGAUUCAGACGAUGCUCGAGAUCCAGGAAAAGGAGUUUGAAAAGUUUAAGUUUGCUAUUGUGAUGAUGGGUCGGCAUCAGUACAUCAAUGAAGACGAAUAUGAAGUCAAUCUGAAAGACUUCGAGCCUCAGCCAGGUAAUAUGUCACAUCCAAGGCCAUGGUUAGGGCUUGACCAUUUUAAUAAAGCCCCAAAGAGAAGCCGCUACACAUACCUGGAGAAAGCAAUCAAGAUUCACAACUGACAUCCUCAACGACCUAACCAACUGUACUAAAGACUUAACCAAACCCUUUCUUGUGUGCAGCACUUGUAACAGCAAUCCCUGUGUACACAUGCACCACGUAUGAAGUCUUCAGCAAGGGGAUUUGCUGGUCGUGCUACUUUUUUAUUUUGUUGAGGCUGUUCAGUUUGGCUUCUCUGUAUCUAAAUAGACUGCCCAUUUUGUCUGGAAAGGAGCCAAAAGAGGUUUUAUCGUAUUUGGAAAGGCAUUGUGAACUGAGUGGGGAUUUUUAUAAAGACUUGUUCUGGUAAGAAACAGGCUGCAUUGGGAGUGAGAUGAGAUGAGAUGGGAAGUAGAACAGAAAAGCUGCCAUUCGCAAAAGGUUUCUCAUCUUUAGAAAACCAGCCGUUGGCAUCGAUUUGCUAGUUGCCCAUUGCGGUUGUCCUAAUAAUAAAUCCUGGUCCGUUUAGUGCAACUAGUUACAUUCAUGUUUACACGCUUUUUUUUCCCUUAGUUUGGUUGGAGGAAAAUUAAAUUUGUUUUUCCACGCUAAUCCUAUAAAAAAAAUAAAAAAAUAAAAAAAUUAAAAAAAUACAUUUCAAUAAAAACACAGCAUCUGUAUUUCAUUUUGCACGUUGGCACUUAACAUCAACGAUAUUUAACAUUUACAAUUCAGGUAAAUGUUUUCCUUUUGUUUUUAUUUGAGUUUCAUUUUUUUGUUCAUUCAAAUCUGCUGUGGGUUUCUUACUCUAACUGCAUUCUGUCAGCUGGUUUUCUUCUGCAGUUUUACUGUGCUGUGCGUCGGCACUAAGCUAACAACACUGAACGAGUUGACAGGAUGUGAGGGUAAGAUGAAACCAGUGUUGCUGAAUUAAUAACUGAAAUACAGCCUUUUUAGCACAGAAGGCAUGUUCACUAGCGCUUAGUAAGCUGUUGACUUUGUAAAGAAAGAAAAUCAAAUUGUAUAUUUAAAGAAUGAAGAGUAUACCACUCUUAAGAUCAUUUUGUUGGGUGCGUCUGCAGAUUCAUUGAUGUUGAUAUUCAUUGUGUGUGUGUAGUUUCAUUUCAGUACCAGACUGCUUCUGCUAUUUGUUUUUUCUUUUUGUUUGUUUUUCUUCAGCUAAUGGCAACAGCGUGUCUAGUUUGAAUGCAGUACAAAAAAAAAAAAUAGAAAUACGCAGAUCACAACUUUUAUUUAAAUUUGUCCUCCAUUCUUUAAUUUCUCCCUGUAGCAGCAUUGUACGACAACUAUUCCUGUAUAUUGCCUUUUUGCUGGAAAAUGUUGUAUGUUGAAUAAAAUUUUCUAUAAAAUGU